CAACCCUACACUGGCUGCCUUGGCACCUGUAUGUUCUCUCGCACUGCGAUCACGCUAUGAUCCUUCCUCUGAAAUUUGGUUUGUUGAAGCUACGUAGGGGUCGGUGACGAUGGAGUCAUUCUUGCCUGGUUUUGGAAGAAGAUAGUGCCUUGUCUUUUUGGGUCGAACGUGGCAGUGUGUCUUUGUAAGUCGGUUGGAAUAGCUGAAGCUAGUCUAGAGAUCGAGGGGACAGGUCUGUGUGUCAGGGCUGUGUAACCGAGGACCACCAUGCCGGUGAGACUGGGGGAGGUGGGCAUCCUCACCAGCCCCAUCUCGCUCGUCCGGAUCUGGGCCCUGCUUUCCGGCUGCCUCACCUUCAGCCUGGGGUCCUACAUAAACGAACUCUCGCAAUUCCGCAUCUUCAAGGUGUCCUGCAUGGCGGCCUGGUGCCUCCACUUCAUCUUCACCCUGUUCGUCAUCCUGGUGGAGUUCAUCCAGUUUCAGACCCUGGUGCCCGUGUCCUGGAAGAACCUGCCCGUCACUGUGUCCACACUGGGGACACUGGUGUACCUCAGCACAUCCGUGGCGUUCCCCUGGCUGUUCAUUUCCAACGCCCACGACCCGAAGGCCAUCACGGCCGUCGUCUCCUGCAGCCUGACCUUCCUGGCCUACGCCUCGGAGACCCACCUGAUCCGCCUGAAGCGCAGGGAGGAGAGGGGCUACAUGGCCAGCCCCGCAGGGCUGCUCAAGGUGUUCCAGGUGUUCGGGGGCUGCGUGAUGCUGCUCCUGGUCAGUUGCCAGAACUGUAAAGGGAAACCAGAGGGCUGGCAGUUCUGGCUCUCGGUGGGAAUAUACAUCUUCUGCUUCCUCAUGUCCCUGGGCACCGUGUUGGUGAUGAUCGGCGACUGUGCUGGGCGUUGUCUCCUGCCCUUCGGCCGUCUGCUGCUCGUGUUCAGCCAUCUAGGUGUUCUUCUGUACAUGGUCGUCACGGUGAUCAGCUUCAUCAAUAUCCUGCACAUCGAGCACGACCAUUGGCCAUUUGUUGUGACCGGAAGCAUCAUCACCUGUCUCACUCUGAUAGCCUAUACCGUGGACCUGGCCUUUUCCAUCAAACUUUUGUGUGACAGGUCUUAAAGAUCCUUCUGGAGAUAAGGUGUCGUACUCUUAACGCUGUGAAUGACAUUAUGUUUUAGCUUAAUAGAGGUACAGAUGACAAUUGACUGCAAGUAUUCUAGUAAUUUUGCUGAGGUGCAAAAAAACAGAAGCGUGAUAAAUUACGAGGUUGCACAUUGGUCUCAGCGGCUUUAGCACUAUCAUUAUAAGUGUUUAAUUGUUUAGGGUAUUUGUCAAAGGACUCUUUGAAAGUACAUUGAUGGCCUUGGUUUGUGUGUGUGUCUGUUUGAAUAGGUGUUUUUUAUUCUGUUGCACAUUAGUUGCUAUUACUGCUGUCCUACAUGUGAUAUAAAAAUGCCUGUCUAUGUAAGAUCAAGAUUUACAGUCUGAGAAAUACUUUUUUGUUGUGAUAGUCCUCUUUUAACAUAGUGAUAGUGAAGUUUUCAAAGUGUAGUAAAUUGAUACAUAUGCUAUCAUUUAGUCAUUAUAUUUCUUUAAAUAACUUUAAUGCUGUAAAGCUAAUGUUAAAUAGUUGGCAUUUAUAUAGUGCCUUUAGCCAAAGCGCUGUACAAUUGAUGCUUCUCAUACACCCAUUCAUACACACACUCACACACACUGACGGCGAUUGCCUGCCAUGCAAGGUGCUGACCAGGUCGUCAGGAGCAUUUGGGGGUUAGGUGUCUUGCUUAGGGACACUUCGACACAGCCCGGGCAGGGGAUCGAACCGGCAGCCCUCCAACUGCCAGACGACCGCUCUUACUGCCUGAGCCAUGUCGCCCCAUUGAAGUAUUACUUCUUUUUUUUUUACCGUGUAUACUGUGUUCACAUGAACUUUAUACAUUUAAGAAGAUUUGUUCAUGGCAAAAUAAUGUUAAAUAUAGUAUUUAAAUAAAAUUCGCAAAAUGUAUUUGACAAGAUUUUCAUGAGAAUUGUCAUGGUAGUGUGAACUAGCACAGGGAUGUUAUUUUGUAUAAUACACAGUUACAUAUAACAGCCAUAUAAUGCAGUGAUUUGGUGUGCCAGGAGGAAGGAGGCACACGCUGCAGUAAAAAUGAGUGUGAGAUGAAGGGCAGGAUUAAACGGUUUUCUUAUUGUUGUUGAAUGAGAUACAGCGCGAGAUACAGACUGAUGGGACAGAUAUUCCACUAAGAUAUUAGGAAGUAUUUCACACAGUGUGGACUAGCUUACCAGGUCAUGUAGUGGAGGUAGAAACUCUGGGGGCUUUCAAGGCCAGGCUUAAUACGGUGUUAGAGGCUACGUAUCUGGUUUGUAGGAAAGUGGUGCACACAAGGUGCACUUUAGUGGUAGGAAAUUCAGCUAGCAUUGUCAGGCUGAGGGGCCUGAUCUCACUAUUAUUUUUCAUGUUUAUCAUAUGCUACGUUGUCACGUCAUGUCAUGUCUGACUGACGGCUGCCGUUUAGUACAGAGUGGAUUGGCUUGGUGCUCCCUUUACUUGAAUGUCUUGUGUAGUCUGCCCAUUUCCUGUGGGUUGCAAGCACACUACCACGCAUUGUGCUGUGGUACAUCCUGUAAAGUUUUUGAACGAUGACUUGGACAGAGAAUACGCUUUUAAGAUGUUUUAGUCAGUGAAUAUAUGUGCUUCCUUGUUACUAGCCAUUCUCAUUUGUCCAUUACUGUCCUAGUUUUUUUAUCCCUUCUAUGACCACAAUGCCCUCUAUGGACUGGAGGGACAAACAUGUAUGAUGGAACAUAUCAGGGCUAUUAGAACAGUACACCUUCAUUGUGGUGCACUGGAUUUUCCAUACAGGAAGCAUGAGCAAUAUUUUCUCUCCUCCUUUGCAAUGACUCAUAUACAGUAUGUGGCCAAUUGGAAUAUGUGUAGAUAGGAUGUGAGAUAUGUGAGAUCAACUAUAGAUGCUGAACCAAAAAGUGUGUAAACUCACUGUAAACAAUUAAAGAUGGCAUAUAAACUCUA